AAGAUGGCGGCACGGAAGUGACGCGCGGCGGCUUCCGGCGCCGGGCCGGGCUGGCCAUGGCGGCGACGCGGCUGGAGCUAAACCUGAUGCGACUGUUGAGCCGCUGCGAGGCGCUGGCGGCCGAGCGUCGCCACCCGGGCGAGUGGCGGUUGGAGCAGUACGUGGGUGCCCUCGAAGAGAUGCUCCUCGAGCUGAAGAAACGCUCCAGCAAGCCGGCCCCUGAGCUGCUGAACGAAUACUCCCGCAAAGUGGAUUUUUUAAAGGGACUUCUGGAAGCUGAAAAAUUGUCAUCAUCAACUGAGAAGGCACUGGCAAAUCAGUUCCUGGCUCCAGGACGAACUCCUACUACGACCAAAGAGCGAACCCCAGCCACUAAAACAGUUCACCUGCGGACGAAAGCUCGCUGUACGGACAACAUGAGGAGUGAGCUGCUUGGCACAGAUCCCUUGUCCAUCAAUGAUUCUGAGGAGCCAAACGUAAGGAAGCGAAAAGGACUUGAACCUGAUGAGAAACAGUCGGCAACUGAGCUGGAUGCCAUGUUGCAGCAUCAUCAGAACAUGCAGGAGAAAUUAGCAGAAGAAAUGUUGAGUUUGGCUCGCAGUCUCAAAAACAACACUUUGGCAGCACAGAACGUUAUUAAACAAGAUAACCAGACAUUGUCUCAGUCCCUCAGGAUGGCGGACCAUAACUUUGAGAAGCUGAAGGAUGAGUCUGAACGUCUUGAGCAGCAUGCAAAGAAAUCUGUCAACUGGUUGCUGUGGAUAAUGCUAAUCAUAGUGUGUUUUAUUUUCAUCAGCAUGAUCCUCUUUAUCAGAAUUUUCCCUAAAUUGAGAUGACUGCCACAGUGCCCAUGAGCAGUAUGUGAAAGGCUGGGCUGUGUUGCACAUGUGGAUUAUCACCCAGUUAUGUCCUCUAUUAGCCUGGUAAACAUUUGCUGCAGAGCAGCCACCAGUCACUGGUCUUGUCCCAUGGAGGAACUGUCAGACUGAUUCUGUAUCCCUUCCUGUGCCUUUGCUGGACUUGGUGGGACACCUUGUAGAGGAGGUUUGCUGAGUCAAACCCCCAGGAAACCUUUUCGUUCAGUUACAGUUGCUGUUUUUUUGAGAGAACUGGAAUAAAGUUUUGAUGGUGCAUCCCAGCAAA